UUCUUUCCAAGCCCUGUGGUACCUCAUACAGAUUUCUGGCUGUGCCUUUAAGGGGGGUGGCCUGGGGUGGAAGAGGACAGUACUAGGCAGUUUCAGUUUUCAAAAGCCCAGUGUUAGCAAUGGGUGUAGGUGGCUGGCUGAAGAGCAUGACUGACUAUGAUACUCCGAAACAAAUACGCAUUCAGAGCGUUACAUGUGGAUGUUUGCAAUCUUUCCUCUAUGCAACCAUUGCUCUGGCUAUUUGUUGUAUAGUCAUCAAAUACAGACUCCAUCAGGAGGUAGAUGAAGUUAACAGCUCAAUUCGCACUAGUGUGAAGGGAGUGGUUGACGCAAGCAACAGGAUCUGGGAUACAGCAGAAUACACUAUAUCAAUGCAGGCGGUGAACUCUUUUUUUGUGAUGACCAACAUGAUUAAGACAGAGAAUCAGCUUGAGCAAGAGUGCCCUGAGUAUCCCUCUGCCAAAUCUAUCUGCUCUUCAGACCAGUCCUGUAAAAAAGGGAGUGUAGAUGUCCACAGUCAUGGAAUUCUAACAGGAAGAUGUGUGCGUUAUAAUACAGCUGUUAAAACCUGUGAGGUCAGGGCAUGGUGCCCUGUGGAAUCCAUGGAAACCCCCCCUGAGCCUGCUGUUCUGAGGAGUUCUGAAGACUUCACUGUGCUAAUAAAGAACAACAUUCACUUCCCAAAAUUUAAUGACACUGUACUAAAUAUUCCACCAAUUUUAAAUACUUCCUGCACAUAUAACAAGAAAACAUCCCCACUCUGUCCAAUUUUCCGUCUGGGAGAUAUCCUUAAGGAAGCAAACCAGAACUUUUCUGAGGUGGCAGUAAAGGGAGGAAUCAUUGCCAUUGAGAUUAACUGGGACUGUAACUUGGACAGAUGGUUUUAUGACUGCAGUCCGAAGUAUAGUUUCCGCCGCCUUGAUGACAAAAAAAUAACGCCUGGAUUCCACUUCAGAUACGCAAGGUACUACAAGCUACCAGAUGGGAAGGAGCAGAGAACCCUUUUCAAAGUCUAUGGAAUACGCUUUGAUGUCCUUGUCUUCGGCACAGGUAGAAAAUUUGAUGCCAUUGAACUAAUUAAAAAUGUUGGGUCCAUGAUAUCCUAUUUUGGCUUGGUUGUGACUAUCAUGGAACUUCUUAUUCGCAUAGGUCAGUGCGCCAGCUGUGGCAAAUCACCUUUCUACAAAAUUUACAACAGGAGAAAGUAUGAAAUUCUGCCGUUUUCAAGACAGGUCAUCUAUGUGUCCUAUGUGGAUGAGCCAUAUGUUACGUUGAUACAGAAGCCUCUGAAAACAAGCUUACAACAUACCGAAGGCACCAUUGUUGAGAGCCACCCUGUGAAAUUCUGUGAUGCCGACAGCUGCUGCAACAGCGAGUUCAACGAGAACCAUGAUAAUGAACAAUACGAGCUGCGGCAGCCUCUCAGAGAAGGGGCUCAUUCCCCAGACUCCCGAAAGUGGUGCUUCUGCGGCAAAUGCCAGCCAACAGAGAAGUACCAUGAGCAGCUCUGCUGCCGAAGGAAAGAAGGGCAGUGCAUCACAACCACCCAUUCAUUUCAGCAGCUCGUGCUGUGCAGUGACACCCUGAAGAAAGCCCUUCUCUACAAAUACCCCUUUCUGAUCUUGACAGAUGCCAAUAUCAACAAAGAGCUGCGUCACUUUGCUUACAAGCAAUACAUUCACUGGAGCUUUGGCUCUUUUGAUCUAGAAGACAGAGCUGUUGUCCCAAAUUGCUGCAGGUGGAAAAUUAGAGAUACUUAUCCCAAAGCAAUCAACAACUAUAUUGGUUUUAAUGUGGAAUAAGGAUGUAGCACAUCUUGAGCUCACACUCUGACUCACCUUGGGAAUUUAACCUUUGUUUUCUCUCACAGACGUUUUGAAAAAAAAAAAGAGAAGAAAGUGUGUAACCUCUCUAAAUCUUUUGUAGUACAAUGGAAUUUUUGUACGCUGUCUUUGGAGAGUCACAAGCUGAGGAGGGACUUUUUACAAAGGCUUGUAGCAAUAGGACUAGGGGCAAGGGGUAUAAACUGGGGAGGGGCAGAUUUAGACUAGACAUAUGGAGGAAUUUCUUCAUGAUGUAAUGAGGGUGGUGAGGCCCUGGCCCAGGUUGCCCAGGGAGUUUGUGGCUGCCCCAUCCCUGGAGGUGUUCAAGGCCAGGUUGGAUGGGGCAUUGGGCAGCCUGAUCUAGUGGGAGGUAUUCCUGCCCAUGUCAGAGGGGUUGGAUCUGGCUGAUCUUUAAGGUCCCUUCCACCCCAAACUAUUCUAUGAUUCUAUGGUCCUGAGCAUUUUUUGUACCCCAGCAUCAUCGUCUUUCUGCAGCCCUGGAUCAAGAGGCUCUAGAAAGAGGCCACUGAGCACGUAGUUUCAUAACUCACCAUUCAAGGCCUCACAGUCUAUCCAGAUUAAACAGGCUCAUUUUAGAUUAUUUCAGUGACAUAAGCAAAGCAUUUUCUGAAGAGCCUGACUGUUCUCUUUGUAUUACUCCUUUAGGUUGAAUUCAGGAAUUACAGUGAAAAGUACUUCUACCAUCUUCAUGUCAUAUUUUGGGGCAUUUAAUUCAUACUCCUUGAAAUUGUAAUUUUGGACUUUAGCCUCCUGUCUUCUCUUAGCUUCAAGCAGGCCGUGCCUCCUACACCUCCUCCUCCUGAACUUGUCACAGUGCGAGUUGCUUUGUGCUACGAUGCAUAAG